UACAAAAGAGAAGGCACAACAGAAAUGAUGGAAAAUCCCCGUUGAGUCUAUCACAUAACGUUACAGAGGAAACAGAAAAUCCCUUUGUUCUAAGCAACCAUAAGAUUAGUUCAAACACAAGUCGCUGACAUGUUCUUUUCUUCUCAUAUCUUAUUGCGCUUCCAUUCCCCUCUGAGUCUCACCAAUUAGGUAACACUUCAACCUCUGCUGAAUCGGAUUCACCAUGUGAAAACCUCUUGUGGGUGUGAGAGUUUGUACGUAUAUCUUUGUCUGUGUAGGUGCAGGGUCCCAUUCCUUUUCAUGAAAAUUUUCAAACUACAAAUCAGAGUUUGCAUGACCCUGCUCUGUUUCCUCUUCCUCUGUUUUGCUUCAAAAGGAAUGAACUUGUUCAUGAAUUCAUUCCCUACGUGCCUCAACGAGAUUUGCGUGAAAUAUCCACUUCCUUUUCGGUGAACAUGGUUUCUCCUAAAGGUUUUUUUCACAGAAAGAUGGAUCUUUUUUCUGGCUAUUUUUGGGUUUUUCUUUCUAAGCUUAUGCAAACUCUGUUCUGGAUUUUCACCAAAGUCUUCUUGAGAUUCUAUAGUCCUGAAGCAAUGAACUCAGUUUGUUCUUCUAAAUUUUCCCAUGAAAAUCAUCAUUCUGAGCCGAAAACUGAGGCUGGAGAAGGAUUUUCUGAAUCUUUUGGAAAAACUCUGUUCAAUUCUGGAAAUUUUGGGGCACUACUUGAUUCUCUCUCACAUGAAAGUAAUCAAAUUGAUUCUAAUGAUUGCCAACCAAAAUCAGAAGCCGUGAAAGACUGUAGUUCUGAAACCGUUGAUGAUAGUGGGAAUUUUGGUAUUGAAGAAGAGGAGACAACAAAGUUGGUCUUCAAAUUCCAAUAUCAAAGUUGGGAUUGCAACAAUAUUGAAGAAUUCAAGGGAAGCUCUGGUGAAAGUAGCGAUUUUGUGAAAAGGGAUACUGCCGUUUCUGCAAGCACCAACAAGUAUGAGUUCAACUCAGGUCAGAGUUUCAGCCACUUCUUGGAUGAACCACAGGCUGCAAAUUUUACUGUCAAAGAAUUAUUUGUUCAUUCAAAUGAUGAUCUUCCAUUGGAAAAUCAUGUUAGCAAUGAUUCUGGGUUCUUAUCUGAGAGAAAAUUCAAGCCAGGAAAUUGUGAAGGUGUUAAUGCAGAAAUUCUUGAUAAUUUCACAGAAAGGGUACACAAAGAGGUAGUGUCAGAGAAGCUCAAGGUUGUACAAUGUAUAGAACAACCUUUGGAACCAGUUGCACAUAAUUUCCCUUCUGAAGACGAUUUCAUUUGUUCAAGCAGUGACUCAGAUUCUAUCAGUUCUAUCGAGCUUGACACAUUGGGAAAGAAUGAAGAAGAAAAUGCAGUCUUAACAGAAGAAGAUUUGGACUUUUGGAAUGAGAGAAACUCAGAGAAUUUGGAUGUUGGCUAUGAGCAUGAUGAUUUUGCUGAAGAAGAUGAAGAUAUAAUGGAUGAACUUGGAAAAUUAGAAGAAGAGUCUAGGCUGCAGAAGUCUUCAGGUAACAGUUUUCAAGAUAGCAACAAUUCCAACCAUGAACAAUCUAUGAAACCCAAUUCACAAAGUUUAACAGCUUUUGAUCUUGAGGAUUCCAACCGGUUUGACACACUGUGGGAACAUCAAGAUUUGAUAGAACAGCUGAAGAUGGAGCUGAAGAAGGUCAGAGCCACUGGUCUACCUACAAUCCUUGAGGAUUCUGAGUCUCCAAGGAUAAUGGAAGACUUGAAGCCAUGGAAAAUUGAUGAAAAAUUCCAGCAUGGUAGUACCACAAAUGAGCUUCCAAAAUUCUACAAGAGUUACCGAGAACGAAUGCGAAAAUUCGAUAUCUUAAAUUACCAAAAGAUGUAUGCUAUAGGUUUUCUGCAGUCAAAGGACCCACUCCAAUCAUUUUCAAGCUGCAAGAACCCUUCUCCAGCAAUCACAUGCAUUCUUCCACGCGGCUUUCGCCUUUCUAGACGUAAAAAUACUGAAGAAGCUGACCCAAUGAAAAAGUUCGUAAGAGAAUUAUACAGUGAUUUGGAAAUGGUUUAUGUGGGACAGUUGUGUCUUUCUUGGGAAUUCCUUCAGUGGGAAUAUGAAAAGGCCUUGAAGCUAUGGGAAUCUGACCAGUACGGAUUGAAAAGUUUCAAUGAAGUAGCUGGGGAGUUUCAACAAUUUCAAGUGCUUCUCCAAAGAUUUAUAGAGAAUGAACCUUUCCAAGGUCCACGGGUUGAAAACUAUGCAAGGAAUCGUUGUGUCAUGCGCAAUCUUCUUCAAGUUCCAGUUAUAAGAGAAGACAAUGCCAAGGAUAAAAAGAAAUUCACAAAAAGAGAGGUAGAUAAAGAUGCCAUCACAAGUGACAUGCUAGUGGAAAUUUUGGAAGAAUCAAUCAGAACAAUUUGGCGUUUUAUAAGAGCUGAUAAAGAUGCAACUAACUUGACACACAAAGGUCUAAUAAAAGAAAAUCAAGUAGAAUUCCAAGACCCUGCAGAUUCAGAGCUUCUAGUGGAGAUUCGAACAGAUCUUCAUAAGAAGGAAAAGAGACUAAGAGACCUUUUGAGGAGUGGAAGUUGCAUAUUGAAGAAGUUUCAGAAGCAUCGUGAAGAUGGAACGGAUCAAGUGCUUUACUUUUUCUCUCAAGUUGAUAUGAAAUUGGUUUGGAGAGUGUUGAACAUGUCAAGAAUAACGACGGAUCAAUUAGCAUGGUGUCGUAGUAAAUUAAACAAGAUCAAUUUUGUAAACCGAAGGAUUCGUGUAGAACCAUCAUUCUUACUUUUUCCUACUUGAUAGUUAAUUGCAAGCUUUUGUUCAUAUGCUCCUUCACAUU